UGGAAGGGAAGUAGAAACAGCAUAACUCUGCAUAACCGAAAGAUCUAACUUACUUAGUUUACAUUUUAUUAGGUAAUUAUUAAAAUUACGUCUCCAUACUGAUGUGAACUACUACUGAUUAUAGAUCUAGAUGUAGGUUAGAUCUAUUUGGAAAUUUGGAUUAUUUUUCUUUAAAAAUUCGAGAUUGCGACAUGAUAAUUAAAUAAUGUUUGAGUAGACAUUCACCAUGAAUGGUCUUAGCCCCGGCAAAUAUGUGCCUAGCAGUCCUAUCUGCACAGAACCAUUCAACAGCAAAUACACAGUGCAAGAAGACAUUGGCAGAGGAAAAUUUGCAGUAGUAAGGCGGUGUGUAAAAAUAGAUACUGGAGAAAUAGUGGCAGCAAAGGUAAUUCGUAAACGAAGGAAAGGAAAAAGCUGCCGAGAUGAAAUUCUCAGAGAGGUCGUCAUGCUGGAGCUCGCUAUGGCUCACCCACGACUUGUUUCUCUACGAGAGGUUUUUGAAACACAGACAGAGUUGAUACUAGUCACGGAAUACUGUUCUGGAGGGGAACUGUUUGAUGAAUGUGUGAUCAAAGAAUCUUUUAAAGAAGAUGAUGUUCGUAGACUACUAGUCCAAAUUUUAGAAGGAUUAGCUUAUCUACAUGAUAAAAAUAUUGUUCAUCUUGAUCUCAAGCCUCAAAACAUUCUUCUAACAAAACCUUUUCCAGAAGGGGAGAUAAAAAUUUGUGAUUUAGGUUUUGCUUGCUUAACAAAUACUGGGGAGGACAUUAGAGAUAUAAUUGGGACUCCGGACUAUGUUGCUCCUGAAGUUCUUGAUUAUGAACCUCUAAAUAUACAAACAGAUAUGUGGAGCUUGGGUGUUCUGACGUACGUUAUGUUGACCACAUGCUCCCCUUUUGCUGGUGACACACAGCAAGAGACAUUCUGUAACAUCACUCAAGUUAAAGUAGACUACCCCGAAGAUUUGUUUGCUGAUAUUAACCCACUAGCUAUUGAUUUUAUUUCUAAGUUGUUGGUUAAAAGACCACGUGACAGAAUGACAGCCAGACAGUGUCUAGACCACCCGUGGCUGAAAGAUUUGAAGAAGAGCAUGUCUAUCUCCAUACCAAGCCCAGAUCACUCUAAGGAGCUGGCGCAUGAAAUGGUGGUGCCAAGUAACUGGCACAUGUCCCCUGACCGGCGCUCCAGCCUUUCUACCGUAGAUGCUCCACUGCAGUUCAAAGACAUGGGUGCUCAGACCUCUAAACAAGCUGAGGACAGCUCAGACUUUGAAAAAGUUACACUGAGAAAAAGUGAAGAAAAAGACUCGAUUACUCAAACCUUGUCUCACAUAGAUAUUGACAGGAACAGUUUAGACAGAAGUAGUUCAGCUUCAUUUGAAACCUGCCCCGAAACUCUAGAAGUCUCUUCUGAGACGUUGCUGGUUGAAGGCUCGGCAAAGGAUAGCUCGAGCCAACAGAGCUUAUCAGCCUCGUCAAACUCAGACCAUUUACUUUCAGACUUUGCCACUGAUGUAUCUCAAAAUGUUUUCCAACUCAUUGAGUCAAAUGCAUACACAUCAAGUAUGACAAUGAAUAGUAUAUCAGACAUGAGUGCAGACAACAGCUUGGACUUCUCCUCUAAAUACAUUUCUGUGCAAGAGAAGUCAUCUGUGUCCAACACGUUCAGUGAGGGUUUUGUCCCCUGCACAGACAGCAACAAACAGGCUAAUCUGUUGAAACGAAUGUCAAUGGAAAUCCCACCCAAAAAAGCCAAAUGCUACCAAGAGGGGGAGGAGACUGCAGACAGCAACGCUGAACAUUCACUAUCCACACAAGUGAGCCAAGGGGCCAUUGCAGAUAAUGGUGACCAGUGUUCGGAGGAGCCUGCUGAGACUUGCAACGGCAUUGAAGAUUUUAGGAAUGCUGUUUGAUUUUGGUCAACAGUGUUUAAUUUGAUUUUAACAUUUUUUGCGUCAAUAACUAAUCCUUCCUGCUUGCUUAUUCCAUGUUGGGAAUAUUGUUUUUUUAUGUAAGUUAAUGAAAAAUAUCAUAAAAUAUGAGAUAUAUUAUGCAACAAGAAUAAUUAACAAUUUCUUUAUAACAAAAGUUUCUUGCUCCGUGUGUAGAUAAUAAAAUGUGUACUAAAUCAAACUUGCUGGUAACAUACAGCACUUAGAUGUUGUUUCUUAUACCUGUCCUUUUUUUUUAGGCUGUGAUCUUUUUUUUUAAAUUUUAAUUGUAAAGGGAAGUUUUCAUUGUUGUGAUUUGUAAAGAUAAAAAUUUAGUGGCAUUAAUACAUUUCAUAACAAUUUUAUUUGUAAAAAUAAAUUCCUAAUCUAUUUCCCCCAAUUGACAUAUUUGUCUAAAAUGUCUUGAGAAUAGUUGUAACCACCAAGAAGCUAACAGAAGUGUGUGUAAUGGAGCAUGCUAUUGUCAGUGUAAAAGGUUCUGAUCUCCAUUCCAUGCUAGUUAAUCUCAAAGUAAACGUCAAGGGCUGGGACACAUCAGCUCCAGCCUGACUCUUACUUCAUUCCAUUACUGUUUGUUCUGUUAGGUUUGGUUUUAAACCUCUUUUACAGACCAACUUUAUCUGCACAAUUUACACAUUCUUUGUCUCUUGUUUCAUUAUAUUUUCAAUGAUUUAAAAAUAAGAGUAAAAUUUGGUAUGCCAGCUCUUCAAUUGUAAGCAGUUCCAUAGCUAUUUAAAGCUCUUCUGUGUCUUUGUUUGAUUUGCUUCAACAAUUUUGUAACCAGUUUUGUUAUAAAUCUAUAUUAAAAACAUCUUUACACUAUAUAAUCAUUCAGGGCAAUAGCGAUUGCUAGGUUUUUUGGUGAAAUUUCGCCAUACAUUUAUCAUUAAACAGUAAUUCACAAUGUUAGAAAAAAAAUUAAGCAGUGGUUGCUAGGAUUUUGGUGUAAUACUUGAAAGUAAAUAAUGUAUGCUUUUUCAUGAAUACAGAUACAUUAAUAGCCUUUCACAAGCCAAUGUUCUGAGGAGUAUUUUAAAAUACUGUUUAUAAAUAUUUUAAACUAGGUUUUGCAAGUCUUCAACACAGUUGUUUAUACAUCGUUUUACUUAAGAAACUGCUCCCUUGAUAGCUUUAUUUUAACUUCAAUCAAUAAUUGUUAAACACCCUUCAAGAAACACAUUUUUAGUGUUUCUUGGUUCAUAAGAUGCUUGGACUGAGCAAGCUUUAGAAAAGCUGAACCCCCCUGGGUAUGUAAAGAGCACCAAUGCUCAAAUGGUGCUUUGGGUUCUACUAUUAAUUGUAGCCUUAACCCCAAUUACUAAUUUUAGAAACUCAUUAACAUUUUAACUUACUAUUUUAGUAAUUUACCUUGUAAUAAUAUGGUCAACUAAUGUAUUGUAAAAUGCAAUUUGUUACUAACUUUAUAAAUGGGUCUAAGAUGUUACCACCUGUCAAUUACCACCUCCCCCCAUCCUCAGAUAAUUUACCCCUCUGUCAUUUCCAGAUGGAAAUUACCUCUUGACAAUACCUAUUAUACAUGUUAUCAGCAGAGUGAGAAACCCAAUUUGGGCAUUCUGUACAGCACCACAGAUGGUGUCUUGAACUGUGUAGAACAAGCUUAUUCUAUUGGGGAAAUUCCCUAACAUAAAAGUACUUUGUGUUAUUUGGUGUAGAAUCAAUUUGUACUAGAUAGGCUGUAAGCCCCUAUUCCAGUUUUAGGUAGAGGGGAGGAUUGACAUGGGGCGUAAUGCUCUGCUCCCUUAUAAUUAACCUUUCAACCAUACCUGUGAAAUGUUAAGCCACAAGUAUUAUCAUCAGCCCAAAUAUUUGUAUUAUUUUCUAAAGAAUUUUUUUUUAAGUCUCAUUUAAUAACAUUGGAAUCUUUGUUACGAACAUUGAAAUAUUUUUGUAUGUAAAAGUGAACAUACAGUUUAGUCAUUGAUGAGUUUUAUCAAAUGUAAAUAAAUUGUCCUUCUGAACAUUAUGCCAUGCUAUAAUGUUAUGAAAAAUUAUAUGAAGUAAACAAAAAAAGGUACUAUUUUAAAAUCAAAUAUAUCAUAAACCAAGAAAACUCAGAUGUGAAACUGUUUAAAAAAAUAUUUUUUUAACUAUAUCCCAUCCUAUUCUACCCUCCCAUGCCCCUGAUUCUUGUUUAAUUGAAUGACAUUAACUAAUUUUAAAAAUCUCAUGUUCAAUAAAACACAACUAAGUUUUUAACUAAGUUAUUCUUCAGAGUGUCAGUGAGCAAUAUUACCAAUACAAAUCUAUUAACAAUAGGUCUACUUUAAUGUUUUUUAUAAUUUCUUCAAAAUUCUAAGAUGAUAGAUAAAUAAUCCUCAAUUUACGCUAGUGUUUUCAGUUAUACAUUAUAAUGUAGAGCCAUGUUCAAAACUUUUUGUGUUUAUUCUAGGUGAGUUGGUGUUAAUUUUAAAUUUUAAUUAAAAUUCAUCUUCAGAAAUAAUCAAACUAACUUAUCGGGUAAUGAAAGUGAUGUAAUUUUCUAUGAUAAUUUUUAGAUACCAUAAAUGUUCAUCAGCGCAAUUACAUUUAAAUUUCUUUAUUUCAUCCUGCAGUGCUAUUUAGCACUGUGCUGUAUGUGUUCAGUUUUUAUUGAGCAGUAGUGUACAAGUUAUAUUUCUGAACCACUGCUAAAGACUGCGUAAUUAAAAAUAUUUAUAAAAUAUUGUAAUGACACCAUUCUGAAUUUUUUUUGCUUGUGAGGUGUAUAAAAAAUUGUUAAAUCAUUGCAUCCAUCUACACUAAGCUAUUUAAAAAAAAACACCCCUGUGGGAUUGGUAUUAAAUUUAUUUACCUAUAUAAUAGGAGACAAAAGUAUAAGUACGUAUAAAUGGGGACAAAAAUGCACAUCUGUGUGAUUUGGGACACUAUAAUUAGAGUCAAAAGUAAAUAUACACUAGUAGAUUUGAGGACAAAAACUGAUAUCUAAUUAUUAGAGAUGAUCAUAAGCAACAAAAAACAUGUUUCUGGUUUUGGUAAUCUGCUGUCAACCAAUCAAAGUGUUCCACUGUUUUAUGUGCUAUACACAAGGAAAACUAUACACCAUAAAGACUUCACCAGAUAAUUGAUGUACAAUUGAUACUCUUUGUUGUUGAAACAACUGCAGCUGUAUGUUUGAUACAUAUCUGAAACAUUGCACAAUGCUGUACUUAAAACUUGCUUUUGUUUUAAAAAUUAUUCACUUCUGGCUCUGGAUGUGUUAAAGUCUUAUUUUAGCAUUGAAUUAGAUUUACUCAAAAAUAAUUUGAAACAAUAAAAUUGACAAAUAAUUGGUUUUAAAUGUAUUUGUGACCUAUAUAACAUUUUAUCACACUAUUUAGUCUAAAAUUUCUUGAUGAUUUUUUUUUUUGCAUAAUAUUAUCUGUUGACCACUAGGAUUAUUCCUGCCUCAUUGCCUAGUGGUAGAUCUGAAAAAUUAACCUAAAUUUCUGCAGGGUAUCAAAAUUGUGUUGGACAAAGUUUAAAAAGAAAUUGUUUUCCAGCUUUUUAAGACUUAAAUUUCCUUGCAUAUAUUUUUAAUUUUACCUUUGUUAGGUAACUAAUUAAUUUUUAUUAAAUGUAAAAACGAUUGCUUGAUUAAAUUUGUGUCAAAAGCCGUUAAGAACCCUAACUUAAAAAAAUUAGACUAUCAUUAUCCUGUUAGUAAACCUGUUAUAUCACGUCCCUUCGCCCUCGACAACCAGAUGAAACCUCUGUUGUCUUCUGUUUCACACUUGGUCCAUUGUUGAGCUGAUUUAGAGCCCCUCCCUUUGUCUGAUAUGAUGCUUUGAGUCCAAUGUUUAGCUGAUUUAGAACCCCUCUCUAUGUCUCAUAUGAUGCAUGUACAUAAAUAUUUCUAAGAAGUUCAAAUACCAAAUCUCUGGUGUCAGUGUAAGUAGGAUUUUAGCUUGGCAUUAAUUGUAAAUGAUGUAUUAAUAAAACAUGUCAGUGCCUUCAUAUAAAUGCCAUCAAUUGUGUGGUCUUUCAUGAUUUAUGCUACAGGGAUGGAUACAAAGCCACUAUGUAUUCCUAAAAACUCUGCCUUGGUUCUUAGUUUGGUUCAACUUUAUUGGUUGAACUUGUAUUCCAUUUUUAAAAUUUUGUAGACAAAAAUAGGACAGAAAGUAGCUAGACACUUUAAAUACAGAAUCAGUAUUAGACUUUCUGAUUUGUGUAAGUAUUUUUAUCGUGCUUUAUUACCAUCUGACAUUGCAAUAGAUGAAGUGCCUCAAUACCUUUAACACAUGUGUACUCAACAACAACAGCAUUGAUUUAGAACAUUUCUAUAGCUUGUAUGAUGUUGUAAACAAAGAACCAUUGGUUGUGAUCCAUGGUGCCUAAAAUUUGUUUUCUUGUGCACAGUUUUAUAAGAAAUGAAACUAAUGGAAAUGUUCCAUUAGCUAUAGGCAUAUAGUUCCAGAGUAAUAUUUGUAAUAAACUUAAUAUUCUUGUGGAUCCUUGAACAAUUAUUCCAUAUAAUUACAAUAUAGCACACUUCCUGUUUUUUAUGAUGUGAAUAGUAUUUAAAUGUCUAGAGAAAGAUUGAUAUUCCAACCUGAUUUUCAGGAUGCUGCAUUUAUCUUGAAUUGGAAAUUCACACAAAAAUAAGGCAGUAACAGUUUAUUGCUCAAUUCGGUCAUUAGUAUUACAUUAAAAUAGUAUUAACUAAAGAUUUUUAUGCUAAGUACAGUUAACAUUCUAAUUGUACAUAUGCAAAAUGUAAUUCACAACUAGAAUCUGUAUUAGAUGCAGGUAAUUUGUUUUAUUAUAGUUUAUAGCAUUAGGUUGUUUUUUGUUUUUUUUGCAAGUUCUCUAUGUUUAAAAAUUGAGAUUUAGUUCAAUCCUCCAGCAUAUCUAACUUUUGUGGGUGCUUAGUAAUGUGUUACUGUGAUGUUAGUGAUUGCUUUUUACAACUUUGUGUCAGAUACCCUAUUUAGACAUUUGUGGUACAGUAUUUCCUGCAUUUUAUCUUCAAAAGUUGUUUUACAGAUAUUGUUUAAUAGUUAGCCCCAUAAUGUACCUAAAAACUGCAGUUCCAUACAUUGUCUCUUAUUACUACUGGCAUUUUAUCUCUCAAAGUCAUGUUUUACUAGCUUUAUAAUUUAUGUUGCAGUCUAGUUUUGUAACAUUUAUCAUGUUUUUUUGACUUUGUGUUGAUGUGAUAAGGCAACUAAUUGUGUUGGCGUGUUACAUAUAAAAUUAACAAAAGUGUAUUUACAAGCAUGCCCAUUUCAACAAGCAAGAUUUACUAGUUUUAAUUGCUAAUAAUAGAAAAUCACUUUCAGCUUUAUAAUUCUAAGGUUUAUUAUUCCCUAUGGACAAAAUCAGCAAUGCGGCCUUAAUGAUAAUACUAAGUUAGAAUACAAUGUUUUUAAACAUUUAGAAAUUAGACCUCUAAAAGUUCAUUAAUUUAUUAGCUGUAAGCACUGAACACCAUAAUGUUUUCCAUAUCACUUAGUUGUAUGCAAAACAGUUGAGUUGAAAUUUGACUACACAUUUCUCAUUGUAAUUUUAUCAAGAAAACUCAAGAAACUGCUCUUUUUGUAUAGUCAUUUAUAAUUAAACCACUUUUUAUUGGAGUUUUCAUGAAUGUUGAUAAUUUGCUUCAUUUUUUUGCAUUGUACAUUGUGUUAGCUAUGAGAGUAGAUCUUUAGAUGUAGUAGAUUCUAAUUUCUAACACAAUAGUCUUGUGUUAAUUUAACAUAGUGUGUAGUGUGUAGGCAUCAUUUUCUUCAUUAUGUUGUAUCAUCUCUUAUCCUUGUGUGUACAUAGAUACAAUUGUACAUUUCAUCAUGAUAUUAAUAAACUUAUUUUAGAAAAAAGGACAAAGGAAAUCAUCUUCCAGUGUUAUGUUUUUUA